AUAGGAUCAAGGAAGCUGCUGAGAAACGAUUAAUGAAAUAUCAGUUCGGUUUCACGUCUGGUAAGAGCUGUAGAGAUCCCGUCCGUCUACUGUGGAAGAAAUGGGAGAGUACAAACCAGAUCGCAUCAGUCUUCGUGGACUUCCAGGAAGCCUUUGAUUCUUUGUCAUGGGAAGCUUCGUGGAAAGUCUUGAAGUCGGCUGGAAUGCCAGUUUUCCUGGUGAAUAUAGUAAAAAGGAUUUAUGCGGAUGCUAGAGUUGCUAUAAGGGUGUCACAAAAUGGUAAGGUCUCUGAUGUUUUCAGCCAGAGA